AGUAACAAUGACAAAAUGUAUCCAAACAAAAUAAUGGCACUGUUUCCGAGCUACCGAUCUGCUUCAUCUCAACACUGGUACACAUUUGGGUUUAUUGCUUUUUCGUCGAAAUGAAUGAACCUAAACCCUUAUCUAUACAGGCGUGCAAGUGUAUGACAGGGUAAUUAAAGGUUAAAAAGGAGUUGAAUAAAAGCAACCAUGUCUCAUUCUGACAACAACAACCCAACUGCUGGCUACAUACCACCAUUCGCAUCCUUGUUCCAAGGAGACAUGGUGCCCAGCCCAUCUGCCUUGCAGAGCCUCAUUGCUGACAUAGAUGGACAACUAGAUCAAAAUACAAGAGAAUUGGACAAAUGCUUGCAAUCAAUAUUGACAUCAGCUAACAAUUUACCAGGCUCAAGAACUUUCUCAAUUCCAAGGGAUGCUUUAGGCUAUGUCUGUAGUAGCCACACACUAGAGAAAGACACAUGCUAUGAUCCUGAGUCAGAGGAGGCAGUUGCUAUAAUUGUGGCAUUGAUUGAUUCACUGGAGAAAAAUCCCGGGAGUGAAGAGUCAAUACUGCAGGAAAUAUUGGCCCUUGCUUCAGAAGAGGGUCUCACUCUCCCCUUGAAGAAUUCCCUGGCAGGAAUCUCGCAGUCCUCUAGCUCUCUCAAUGUGCAGCUGGAUUCUAUGGACCAGCUGAUAGAAGGCAAGUGGAGCAAACUGUCUCAUGCUGUACAGAAACAUCUGGUGUCUGAGCUGCUCAAGCUCCCCCAGUUGUCCAAAAAUCGACGAACUGCAUGGGCCAUCAUCGAACGGCGGUCUGAACUAGUGGGUGGCCUGAGGUCACUAGCCAGUGAUGAUGAGGCCUGGGUCAUGUACCGGAAUGUGAGGGGCCAGCAGCUGGAGCAGCUUUUCAACUCCCUCCUGCCAGAUAACGACUCGGAGAACGUUAAUUACAAAGAGUUUUGUUGCAAUUGUGGCACUGUGGCCGAUAGACUCAUUGACAUGAUUGAGGAAGACUUCACUGUUUUGUGCACUGGAGUUUUCAAGAAAAUAGGAGGUGUUUAUCGCAUUCUUCAUGACCUGUAUUUGGAAAAAUACUCUGAUGAAAUGUCACUGUUAGUAGAAGAGAUAGCAGAUGACAUUCGUGACUUCAACAAGAAAGUGGUGAAAGCUUCCAAGAGUGACCAUGGCCUUUCAAAGACUGACACAGGUUCUGGGAAAGGCCACAGCAAGUCUGGACCUAGGGGCAGCUUAGGAGCCACAGACUCAUGGGCCAGCAAAACCCCUCUCAACUCCCAGAGUCUGGACACAAUGUUCCUAGCCUCAAGCUUCAGAACUGACAAGGACAAGUCCGGUACUCCCAGGCUGCAAAAGCAGUCCAGCAUGGCGUUCCCCAAGGACUGUAUAUCCUCCCUGAGACACAUCGCAAUGUCUUUGAUGAAGUUAGAAGAUUUCCUAGACGGGCUGACUAAAAUGACCUCAUGGGAUGUCACUGGUUUGCCGAACAGGAAGUCCAAGAAAAAAUCCAGCCUCAGAGGUGUGUUGAAAACUAGUGCCAGUCCUGAAUUGAAGAGACACUCUCUCAAUCUGGGCAGUAGUUUCAGCAGCAGUGACACGCCCUAUGACCUGGCACACCCGACUGGACAGACUACGCCUCCGUUUGAACACACACCAGCCCCAAAAGUGAUUGAAAGAAGCAGGUCGGAGGAUAAAGUGAAGUGGGACUGGCGGCUUAUCUUCAAGAAGAUUGCCUCUGGCCUUGCAUCAGCUGUUGAGGCCAAGAUUGAUCACACCAUGUCCACCACUCUGACCCAUGAGACCUCCACCUGGCAUGGGAAACAUUUGCUGGACACGGUUACACUUGACUUUGCUCAGUAUGGGGAGGGAAUGGACCACCCACGUGUCGUUUCAAAGGAUACUCAUGAUUUCAUCCAGGCUAUUGAUGAACUUUUACCAUUGGCUCGAGCAGGAAUAGAGGGCUGUUUGAUCCCAGUGCGCACAGCCUUCAUUGACUCCCUUGGCAUUGCUGUGAAAAACUUCCACUUGCACUGUGUCACACAAAAAAUUUAUGACAAGUUUGCUGAAACAGUACACAGAUUUGAUAGACGGACUAGGGAAGCACAUACUGCAACUACACAAUCAGAUGUUAGCCACCUCUGUUUUCUCAGAUGCUGACAGUGGAAACUGGGCUGAAAUCAAAGAAUUUCAAGAAGAUGAGAGGUGCUCCUUCACAGUUCAGAUGUGGAACUUUUACCUGCAAGGUAUCCAGCAGGACAUGUGGCAGACUCUACCUCCCCGGCUGGCUCAGAACUUCUUCAGUUCCGUGCUGCAAGACUCGCUGCUACUUAUGAUGCAGAGAUAUGCUAGAGUACGCCCAAGCUUCCGAAGGUUCAAGCAGAUGAGGUAUGACAUCACAAGCAUCCUCCUGUGCAGCAUAGAGCACCUGCUGAAGGCAUGCUCCUCCAUCUCCCAGUACCUGGACCCAGGACACAACCAGCUGCCUCACUACAGCAUCCACAACCAGUGUUCCAACCUCCUGGCUGUCAUGGCCGUGGUCACCUCACCCAUUGACACCUUGUACAGGGUGUUCAAGCGUGGGUACAGUCGCCGGACAGAGAGCCAGGACAGCGGGAGCUCUUCUCAGUAUGGGAACAACACGCAGUGGCUACACUGGAUGUGGCCAUCUCUCAUACACUCAGGGACCAAACACUAUGAUGACAUGCAGACCACAUCUGCCCUGUAUUUGCACCUGAGAAUUUUCCUGGGUCAGCCACAGAUGGACUGGGGAGGUCUCACUCAGGCUCUGUUUAUGAAAGACUACACCUUAUCAAUCCUACUCUUGACCCGCGCAUGCCAACAGGAGGAAUCGAGGGCCAGUCUGCUCGCAAAGACACUCAAAUCCAAGUCUUCAAGUGACAAUUCUAAUAGCUCCAAUGCACCGGUGACAUCCAAGCUCAUACCUCAGUUGUCCAACCAGAGCUCCACUGACUCAAACUCUCCUAUGGACCCAAGUCCAUCAUUUUUACAAACUGGCAUAGUUUUGAAUGACAAUGAUCAACCCACGGACAUCCAAAUGGUGGUUGAUGCUUUGGUUCACAUCCUGGGACAAGUGCACUAUUUCCCAGAUGCUCUAGCCAAGUGCAUUAUUCCAGUUAUUGACAGAUGUACGUCCUGGGAGAUGUUCAACAUAAAAAAUCCUUUGGUUACCCCAGAAAUGAAGGUACCAGAAUGGGUUACUUCAGUCUUCAAGAUUUUGGAGCCUUUCAGUGACAGGGUGAUCGAGCCCAUGCUCAGGUACCUGAACAGAGUGAAGACAUCAGAGACCUUCAUACGACCAGUGAUUUCAUAUGUUGCUGACCUCCCUUGUGGCUGUCCACCAGGGUAUUCUCUGCGAGACCACUCCAAGCCCCCAGGUUUGAAAGAUGUUCUCUCUCACUGUUUAGAGCUGUUGAUAACGGAAAUAGAGAAAUGUGUUAUUGUCCUGCCUGCUUCUGUCUGCACUCUGUUCAGCAUGAUAGAGACCAACUGCAGAGAUUUGGGGAUAAAGACAAGUCACCGAUGUGUGGCUUUGCAGGUAAUCACCUGGUCCAUUUGGACAUCCUUGCAGCAGUUCUCAGCCAAUGUGGAUGGACUGGGUGACCUGAUGAGCUCUGACACAAGGAAACAAAUCAUGACUGUGGCUGACAGCUUGUUCCAUGUGCUUGUUUAUGGGAAAGGUCCCAACACCCCUAAGUUUGCUUUGAAAUUCAUCAAGAGUCACAAGGACUGGCUAACAGAGAAAAUCAACAGUAUUGCCUCGUACAUUUCUGAUGAGUUCCACUCGCUUCCGAAUACAGAUUUUACUGAAGCAGCUACCAACAUUUUCACUGAUCAUGUCUAUUCAUUGCUCGCUUCUUCGAUUAUGGAUUCACCAAAUGGAUUCAAGUACCUGGACACGGUGUCUCGCCUUGUGGUCAACAACAGUCACUGGCUCCUGGAACAGCUGGAUGUCCAGCCCCCCGUGCCACUAGCUGCCACCAGUCAAAGGCCGUCUUCUGCCUUCAAGAUGGACAUCAGUGAACCAGUUCCGAGUGACGACUUCAACCCCAUCAAAGCCAUGAUGUCUAUUGGGGAUUCUCCAUUCAAUCAGAUGGCCAUUCAGGAGUUCCCGUUUGACUGGAUGGCUAUCUUGACCAGUGACUUAGGCUUAAGUCAGCCGGCUUUUCGCAGUCUGUUGAUGAACCGACAUGAGAUGCAAGAGGGAGCCACUCUUGAGGAGGCAGAGAAGAAGCCUGUAGAUGUCCUGAGAGCAGUUUAUGAACACUGACAGGCCUUUGUCAGUUCUUUAACCAAUUUUGUUGCUGUCUUGUGCAAGGCUGAUAGUUUCUUGGUAUUCUUGUGUGAUCUACUCCUUGGUCUUUUCUUUAGUCUUUAGUAUCCUAUAUGUUGCUUGUACAAUUGGGCUAUUGUUGUGCCAAUUUGCCUGCUCUUCGCAGAUAAGUGCUGGAAGAUAACAUGAAAGUGACAACAACUUCCUUAGUAGAAGUGGAAGGCAAAUUUUGUUUGCGUGAUCUCAGUUUAUAAAAAGUCUGAUAUUUUAAAGUCCUUUCCUCAUAUGCAUUUUCAGUUUCCAAUUGUGACAAUUUGUUUUAUAAAGAUGUUUUGCACUGAUUGGCUCAUGGUCGCCAGUAUGAUGUUUUGCUAAAUUUUGUGUUAUUUUGCUCUUGAUUUGCUGUUGUAUGCCCUCUUAUUGACCUCUGUGUAUGUCCAGUUACCCUGUUCUAAAACACACUAUCUAGUCAUAUACAGUUUAUAUUGUUGUAGAAAAA